AUGACGCUUAUACUUCCGCUCGAAACUUUUCAGCUUAUCCUUAAAGAUGUUGAUGAUCUCAAGUCUUUACAUUCAUCUUUGCUCGUAAAUAAAAGUUGGUGCAAAAGUACUGUCGCUUUUAUUUGGAAUAGCCCAUUUAGUUUUGAUUUUCAUCCAAAAAGGAUGUCAAAAGUUGUCCCUAUUCUUCUUUCAAAUCUCCCUUUGGAAAUAAAGGCCGAUUUAAAACUUGAAAAUAUUCCAGAAUCAACUACUUUCGACUAUGGAUGGUUUAUUCAAAAACUUGAUAUUUGUGCCUUAUUUACCGCCGUUCACUGGUGGUUAUACCAAACUUAUCCAAAAAGAAUUUUGAUUCCAAUUAUGAAACACCGUAACUCUCUACCACCGUCGAUUGAGAUUAAAGCACAGAACGAAAUAACAAGUUGUGUUAAAGCAAUUUAUGAAAUGAUCCUUACAAGAACAAAGGGACUGGAAAAACUUAAUAUUAUAAGUUCUAAUAGGUUGGAUUCGAUGUGUUAUUAUUUUAUGAAUAAUAUUUUCAAAAAUAUUUUCAUAUUACAAGAAGCACAAAUCUCUUAUAGCAAAAUCACAAAGAUGUAUCUUGAUGGUAAUUUUAACUUUCCUUUCACUGAAUUAUCAAAUUUUACAGGAAAUAUCAUGGAACUUUCUAUUAUGUAUGAUUUGCAAGAAUGUGUGGAAUUGGCAAAAGAAAUGGUGGCAUUCAUUGUUGCUCAAAAAAGUUUGGAAUAUUUGCAUUUGAAUCUUAAUGGCAUGAAAAUAUGGUAUUCUAUUUUAUUGGGUUUACCCAGAAAUUCUAUAAAGUACUUGGCAAUAAUUCCUGUACAAAAGAUUUAUGAGGAAAAGGUCGAUUUUACCCUAUUAUCUCAAUUAUCGAAACUUGAAGACUUGCAUAUUGUUAAUUUUGAUCUUUCUUUAAAUCAAGCGGAAUGUUUGAAGACAAUUUUCAUACCAAACUUAUUGUCUCUAACUAUGAAACUAUACAGUAAUCGAUUAAUUGAUGAUGAAUCCCUUUAUCCCAGCCUUUUAAAGAAUCAUGGUAGAACAUUGAGGAAAUUAAAGUGUAAUGGUAAAAUUGCGAAUAACUCAUAUUAUACGUCGAUUUCUUCAUUUUGUCCGAAUAUUACUUUUAUAUGGGCAGAUUUAGAUAGUAUUUUUUUUACCGUAUUCGCAUUUGAUUGCUUUAAAACCAUCUUUGUUUGUUGUCCAGGAAUUCAAACAAUUACCGUAAAAAUGACGUAUAUAGAAGGAAAUUAUAUUUCUAAAUUUACAGAAAUACUUCCCAAUUCUUUAAUAUUUCUUUCAAUUGAAGGUGAAAUUAGAUUUGACCAGUUGAAACAACUUUUAUUAUAUUGUAAUAAUGAUUCAUUAACUGUGGAUUUCAUGUAUAGAGGGUAUUCUGGGCCUGAGAAUAUAAUAAAUAGGAUUAAAAGGAUGUUUGAAAUUAGUAAAAGGGCACUAAAAGAAGUCAAGGUUGAAAAGGGAGUGAAGUUUAUAAUUAAAUGGUAA